AUGGCUGGCGGAGGCGGGAAUAGUGGCGGGAGUUGCGGUGCUGGUAGUGGCUGUGGUGUCGUUGGGGAUCGCCACCACCCACGUCGGAUAAGUAUGAAUCCGAAAGUGCACGAACACAUUCCACCGGAGUACUUGCCAAAUUUGAAAAAAUACAAAUAUUGUGGUUCAGACUCUAGCAUUCUUGGACGCUACAUUAUGCAGCCAUAUUGGAACUUUAUUGUGAGCCUUGUGCCAAUGACUGUGGCCCCCAAUGCAAUCACCCUUACGGGGUUUCUUAUUGGUGUAUCUUCUUCCAUUUUGGUCAUGUUUUAUUACUUCUUUUAUGAUGCGGUGUAUCCAGCAUGGGUGUGGUACUAUGCUGCGGUUGCUUUGUUUAUGUACCAAACUUUUGAUGCUAUAGAUGGGAAACAGGCACGACGAACUAAAACAGGUGGCCCACUCGGAGAAUUAUUUGACCACGGUUGUGAUGCGUUUCUGACGCCAUUAGUUCAGGUGAAUCUCUGUUGUGCGUUAAACCUCCCAUCAUCGACGACGUUUACGUAUUGCACAAUGUCAUCCAUCAUUCUGUUUGGGGCGAUGUGGGAGCAAUUUAGCACGGGCACGUUAGAUCUUGGUUAUAUCAACGGUCCUACCGAGGGUAUAUGCAUGGCAUGCGCCGUGUUUAUCACUACCGGCCUUUUUUCAAACUCUAUUUGGGAUAUGCCUAUUAUGGCUUCGUGUGAAAUAACGCUGCCUCUUUUUUUUAGGGAGGUGACCUUUGUUAUAUCCAGUCUUCGCAGCCUUAUCUUUUUGUGUGUCAUGAUUCUGGGGUGUAUGACUGUGGCGGCAAACAUUGUGCACGUGGUUUGUAGACCCAACGUGAACGCUGGCGGGACACCAUUUUUGGUACUGCUUCCCAUGCUGUUUUUACUGUUCUUUCAUGUAUGUCUUUUUUUGACGUAUACUUCAAUCCAUGACAGGUAUCCAUUUGCGUUUGAGUUGAGUUUUGGAUUCUUGACUUCCUACACUGUGACUCGAAUGACGGUGGCGCGGUUAUGUGGAAUGCCGUAUAGCCUCUUCAACGCCUUUUAUCUGGCCACGUUCUGCAUUACAUUUGGGGGUCUUGUCGUUCACGCAAAUUUUCGCGAGUUGGAGGUGAAGUAUUUGGAACCGUCACUCGGUUCCGCAAUGGUUGCGCUAGCUGCACUGGGGGUUUGGCAGUACUUGCACAUGAUCCUGUCGCUCUUCACACAGAUCUCUUAUUACCUAGGUAUACCACUGCUCUCUAUUACUUCUCGUGAGGAGGCAGAUACGAGAUAG